AUGGUCGCGUAUCUCCGUUUUCUGCCCAUUUUGGGUCUAUUUCUUGUAGACGGGGCUCGAUCCGUUACUAUAGCCCAUGGAGCAGUUGAUGAGAGUCAGACUGGAGGCAGUUGGGCGUAUGUUCCCGGCGCCUACAUUAUUGAGUAUGAAGAUGGUCAUGAAGAUGAAGCAUCACUAUUCAGCAACCUCCACAGCCGUGGACUUCCAGCUUCUAAGCGGAUGAGCCUGUCGUAUUCUUUGUUUAAAGGAGCUUCCAUCCAACUGGACGCGGUCGAUUUAGAUCCUCAUUCCGCAUCCACCAAAAUCGCAUCCCUUACUUCAGUGAAGAAUGUGUGGCCUGUCCAGCACUUUUCUAGAGCAGCGGCAGCAAACGACGCUGAUUCAUAUGCGCCACAUGUUAUGACUCAAGUGGACAAGCUACAUGCAGAAGGGUACACCGGCAAAGGCAUUCGCAUUGGCAUUGUCGAUUCUGGAGUUGACUACAAUCAUCCUGUCUUGGGAGGCUGCUUCGGUCCGGGGUGCAUUGUUAGCUAUGGAAUGGACUUGAUUGGCGAUGCGUUCAACGGCACCAACACGCCCAUGCCUGGCCCCUACCCCAUGGACUGCCUUGGUCAUGGAACGCAUGUCUCUGGCAUUAUUGCCGCGCAAAAGAAUCCUCUGGGCUUCAUCGGUGCUGCGUAUGGCGCAACGAUAGGCAUGUACAAGGCCUUGGACUGUGCCGGCAGUUCCUCCAACGAUGUUCUGAUGGCCGGUUUCAACCAGGCAUAUGAGGAUGGAUCGGAUGUUAUCUCUCUUUCCGUUGGAACCAUCUCUGGCUGGAAAGAAGAUCCACUCGCAAUCACAGUUUCCCGGAUAAUCGACGCUGGUGUGCCCUGUGUUAUUGCAAACGGUAACAAUGGCCCUAUGGUUUUCACCGCAGCUACUCCUGCCGCCGGCAAAGGAGUCAUGAAUGUCGGAUCCAUAGAGAACACCAUGACGCCCUUGCUAGGGACUGAAGGUUUCACCAGCUUGGAGAGUUCUUCCGAUAACUUGACCUCGUUUGCUUGGAUUCCCGGAACUCCCGCGUUUCCCAAUAUCACUCUGCCGUUCUGGGUUGUGACUCCCAAUGUGACUACAGAUGGCACCUGGAGCGCCUGCAGCCCGCUCAAUGAUAACGCACCAGCAGACCUUAGCGAUAGAAUCGUCCUCGUAGAGCUGGAUGACUGUGGGGACCCAACUAUCGCAGACAACCUUUCGAAGAAUAAUGCGACAUAUAUCAUGUUCUAUAACUCUGAUGAUGACCUAGACAACAUAUACAGCGUCAGCACUUCUCCUAGUACUCUCGGUGCCGGAAUGGUUGCCCUACAGCAAGCCGUGGAAUGGCGAGAUCUCUUAGGAAACGGUACAGAAGUGUAUGCGACACUGGUUGAGCCUCAGUCUGCCAACCCUGCUGCGGGAUAUUAUCCAAGCGAUGCCACUGGCGGCUAUGUAGAUGAUUUCUCAAGCUGGGGUCCGACAUGGGAGGCAGAUCUAGAUCCACACAUCUCGACACCGGGAGGCUCGAUUCUUUCUACUUAUCCGUUGAACCAAGGAGGAUAUUACGUUGACUCUGGCACUUCUAUGGCAGCACCUAUCAUGGCUUCAAUUUAUGCCUUGAUUAUGCAAGCUCGCUCGAUCAAAGAUCCUAAGACUCUCAUGGGCUUGGUUUCAUCUACAGCAAAGCAGACGAAGUACUAUGAUUCGUAUCAGGGGACAUUUUAUGAUGGGCUUGCGCCCGUAGCGCAACAGGGUGCUGGUUUGGCGCAAGCCUAUGAUGCGGUUCAUGCAACCACCUCUCUAAGUGUAUCAAGCUUCUCUUUCAAUGAUACAGAUCACUUUGUCAACAGUACGGAUUUUACAAUCAAGAAUGGGGCUGAGCAAGCUGUUACAUACUCAAUCGGCCACACGCCCACUAGGUCUCGGGAUACUUACAAAACUGGGCAGUCCAACCCCUCACGUUCUUCAAACUCAAGCGAUAUCGCAGCGACUCUUGCUUUUUCUGCGACCAAAAUCACUGUUCCAGCAGGUGGAUCGGCCAAGGUGACGGUCAAAGUGACUGUUCCCCAAGGGCUCACUGCGGCCAACCUCCCCGUCUAUGGUGGAUACAUUACCUUGGAUGGAUCUACUGGUGAACAUCUUGUCAUCCCAUAUCUCGGAGUGGCCGGAAGCCUUGCAAAUGCUCAGAGCAUUGAUCCAAACUAUAGUUUCAUUUACCAUACCUCGGGUCGCUUCGCGCAGUCGGCGCCCGACAACGACACUUGGACAAUACCUCAUCCUACACUGGGGGCUAGUCAGCCUUCGUCAUCAUCAUCUGUGGACUAUCCUGGGCUUGGGAUUGAGGCUGACUCUGGUGUUCCACUGAUGAGAGCGGACAUCAUUCCUCUUGGCAGUACACCAGCCAAAACCACGAAGGUUUUGGGAGUCGAUGUAGCCGUCGCUUUCAAUGGCAUAACACAAGAAGGAACCAUAUUGCCAGAAGGGAAUUAUGCCGUACUGCUACGGGCGUUGAAGAUUUUUGGAAACGCGAGUAAUCCUGACGACUAUGUCACGAAACAGACCCAAUCCUUCAACAUCAAGUAUGCUUCGACGGCUGCAUAG